AUGCCGGGGAAACUCCUCAGUGACGCAGAUUUGGAAUCGGACGCGGCCAUGGGCAAAGUGGAGAUGGCGACAAAGAAUGAGAAGAAAAGUAAAAAAGAGAAGUCAAAAUCUAAUAAGAUUGAAGAGACAGCAGAAGAAAAUGAAGAAGUUAUUUCCCCCAAAGCUAAAAAAGUUAAAAAGAAAGCAGAGCCUUCUGAGGUUGACAUGAAUUCUCCUAAAUCCAAAAAGGCAAAAAAGAGCGAGGAGCCAUCUCAGGAUGAAGCUAAACCCAAAAAGGCAAAAAAGAGCGAGGAGCCAUCUCAGGAUGAAGCUAAACCCAAAAAGGCAAAAAAGAGCGAGGAGCCAUCUCAGGAUGAAAUUAAGCCCAAAAAGGCAAAAAGGAGCGAGGAGCCAUCUCAGGAUGAAGUUAAGCCCAAAAAGGCAAAAAAGAACGAGGAGCCAUCUCAAGGUGAUGUGAUUUCUCCUAAAAUCAAAAGUGCCAAAAAACCAAAGGAGCCUGUGGAAAAGAAAGUUUCCUCUAAAACCAAAAAAGUAAAGAAUGAGGAGCCUUCUGAAGAAGAAGUGGAUGCUCCUAAGCCCAAGAAGAUGAAGAAAAAGGAAAUGAAUGGAGAAAUUGGAGAGAAAAGCCCCAAACUACAGAAUGGAUUCUCUCAUUCUGGACUUGACUCUAACUCCAGUGAAGCUGCCAGUGAAGAAAGUAACAGUGAGUUGGAGCAGGAAAUAUCUGUGGAACAAAAAGAAGGCGCUUUCUCUAAUUUCCCCAUAUCUGAAGAAACUAUUAAACUACUCAAAGCCCGUGGGGUGACCUUCCUGUUUCCUAUACAAGCGAAAACAUUUCACCAUGUGUAUAGUGGAAAAGAUCUAAUUGCACAGGCGCGGACAGGAACUGGGAAGACUUUCUCCUUUGCCAUCCCUUUGAUUGAGAAGCUUCUGGGGGGAAUGCAUGACCGGAAGAGAGGCCGCGCCCCUCAGGUACUGGUUCUUACACCCACAAGGGAAUUGGCAAAUCAAGUAAGCAGAGACUUCAGCGACAUCACAAAAAAGUUGUCAGUGGCUUGUUUUUAUGGUGGAACUCCCUAUGGAGGUCAAAUUGAACGUAUGCGGAAUGGGAUUGACAUCCUGGUUGGGACGCCAGGUCGAAUCAAAGACCACCUACAGAAUGGCAAGCUAGAGCUCACUAAGCUUAAGCAUGUUGUCCUGGAUGAAGUGGACCAGAUGCUGGAUAUGGGGUUUGCUGAUCAAGUAGAAGAGAUUUUAAGUGUGGCAUACAAGAAAGAUUCAGAAGACAAUCCCCAGACACUGCUUUUUUCUGCAACUUGCCCUCAUUGGGUAUAUAAUGUGGCUAAGAAAUACAUGAAGCCUACAUAUGAGCAGGUGGACCUGAUUGGUAAAAGGACUCAGAAAACAGCAAUAACUGUGGAGCAUCUGGCUAUAAAGUGCCACUGGACUCAGAGAGCAGCAGUGAUUGGGGAUGUGAUCCGAGUGUACAGUGGUUUUCGUGGGCGCACAAUCAUCUUCUGUGAAACCAAGAAAGAAGCCCAGGAGUUGUCUCAGAAUUCGUCCAUGAAGCAGGACGCCCAGUCCUUACAUGGAGACAUCCCACAGAAGCAAAGGGAAAUCACCUUGAAAGGUUUUAGAAAUGGUGAUUUUGGAGUUAUGGUUGCAACCAACGUUGCUGCACGUGGAUUAGACAUCCCUGAGGUUGACCUGGUCAUACAAAGUUCUCCACCAAAGGAUGUGGAGUCCUACAUUCAUCGUUCUGGGCGAACAGGGCGAGCUGGAAGGACUGGGGUGUGCAUCUGCUUUUAUCAGCACAAGGAAGAGUAUCAGCUAGCACAAGUGGAGCAAAAAGCGGGAAUUAAAUUUAAACGAAUAGGUGUUCCUUCUGCAACAGAGAUCAUAAAAGCUUCCAGCAAAGAUGCCAUCAGGUUUUUGGAUUCUGUUCCUCCCACUGCAAUCAGUCACUUUAAGCAGUCAGCAGAGAAGCUCAUAGAGGAGAAGGGCGCCGUGGAAGCCCUGGCGGCAGCGCUGGCCCACAUUUCAGGCGCCACAUCUGUAGACCAGCGCUCCUUGAUCAACUCGGAGGCGGGCUUUGUGACCAUGAUCUUGAAGUGCUCAAUUGAAAUGCCAAACAUUAGUUAUGCUUGGAAAGAACUUAAAGAGCAACUGGGUGAGGAUAUUGAUUCCAAAGUGAAGGGAAUGGUCUUUCUCAAAGGAAAGGAGGGUGUUUGCUUUGAUGUCCGUACUGAAGCAGUCACAGAAAUACAGGAAAAAUGGCAUGAUUCCCGGCGCUGGCAACUCUCUGUGGCCACGGAGCAACCGGAGCUGGAAGGACCGCGGGAGGGAUUCCGGAGCUUCCAGGGACAACGGGAAGGCAAUCGAGGCUUCAGGGGACAGCGGGACGGAAGCAGAAACUUCAGGGGACAGCGGGACGGAAGCAGAAACUUCAGAGGACAGCGAUCAGGAGGCGGCAACAGAAAUAACAGAUUCCAAAACAAAGGCCAGAAACGGAGUUUUAAUAAAGCAUUCGGUCAGUAA